CAGAGGAUGCAUCCGCUUAUCAGCGGUUGGGAUAUCGUAUCUUUUUCUGGUGUUUUUUAAUCUUUUGGAUGUUGCUGCUCGAUUGCUGUAUGAUUCUGCAAAUUGCAACUCAUCUGGGAGAUGUUGACGAGGUUAUUAAAGUUUUCAUCAUUUUUGCCACGGCCUUUGCGGUAAUGGGCAAAUAUCUCUAUCUGAAGAUCUACAACUACCGUUUUGAGCAACUAUUUCAAAUGAUGCACCAGCCGGAAUAUCUACCCGAAAAUCCCACAGAAUGGCAAAUCUAUUGCCAAGCUAUUGACUUAAGUCGUCGGGUACGCAACUACUAUGCUUCGUUAUCGGUUUCGGCCUUGAGUGCUUUGUUUUUGAGCCAAUUUCUUGGCGAUGAGCAGGAAUUGCCGGCAUCGAUUUAUUAUCCGUUUCAAUUGAAUACGAAUUGGAAAUAUGGUUUAAUGUAUGUCUAUCAGUGUGUGUCAUUGGCCAUUUUGUGUUUCGUCAAUGUCGGCUUCGAUUCGUUGACCGCAUCGUUUUUCAUCAACAUUAAGGGACAGCUGGAUGUUUUGGGUAUGCGCUUGCAAACGAUUGGUGUGGGCGUAAGGGAUCAGCGGAGGAUUUUGAAGAAGUUGAAAGAUUGCAUCCGUAACUAUCAGCGUAUUUUGCGAAUGACUCAUUUGAUGGAGGAAUUGGUCCGCAUACCAAUGUCCGUACAAAUCGGUGGUUCGGUAUUUGUGUUGAUUGCAAACUUCUAUUCAAUGUCAAUGCUUUCAGACAAUGCGGACAUGGGAAUUUUCGCCAAGCUGUUACUCUAUCAGACAUGCAUGCUGACACAAAUCUUUAUUCUCUGCUAUUUUGCCAACGAAGUUUCACUGAAAAGUUCGGAUAUAUCAUUUAACCUAUACGAAUCGAACUGGUAUGAUUGGGACAAAGUCAAUCGAAAAUUGGUGCUGCUGAUGAUGAUACGUUUCGAUACACCGAUUAGUAUUAAAUCGAUCAAUCGCUGCUAUUCAUUUAAUUUGGCUGCAUUCACUGCGAUUGUCAAUUCGUCCUACAGCUAUUUUGCUCUCCUGAAACGUAUCAAUAGUUAAGCGGAGUUGAUGGCGCAUAGUGUCACGACCGUGGCCAAAAUCUGUGAAAAUCAAGUGAAUGGUAGCAAAAAACAUACUGAAUUGA